AUGGCCACUCUAAAAAUCACGAAGAAACAUCACAAGCAUCUCAACAAUCCUUUCACUUCCUCGCCAGGAUCUGGCCCCCAUGUUCAAGGCAAGCUGCUGAUCAAAUCGCUGGCUUCGCACGAGAUCUACGAUGUUGGGGCUGAUUUUCAGCUUAAUUGGUCAUCAAAAGAUGGAGGGUUCUUCAGUUUGUCUUAUAAAUCUCAACCCACCAGGCAUUUAUGGUCGACAAUUCCAGGGCAGGCUUUUGUUUCUGCCGCAGUUGCAGAAACAGAGGUGGAAGAAAGCAGGGGAUCAUUCCUUGUGAAAGAUGGCGAUGUUCAUCUGGUUUGCAAUCAUCAAACUAUUGAUUAUGUCGGUGUUGUUAGAAAAGAUGAAUUCUUUAAAUUUAACCCCAAUGAGGAUGAUCAUCGAUUUUUCGCGACGAAUGCAAAAACAGAGGAACAAAGUGGCGGUGAUCAAUCCUCUUCUGCGGUAAUGAUAACUGGGAAAAUUAUCAACUCAAGGAAAAAGAAUAAGAAGAAGGUUGAAAAUCCCAAGAGGAAUUUUUACAGUGAAGAUAAGGUGGAAGAAAGUUCGGUUUCCGCAAGGUACUGGAUUCUUAUAGAUCAAAAGAACAGUAACCAAAUUGGGUUCCAAGUGAAGCUUGGAAAACCAAAUGUGGAACUUCAGAAAAGAUUCUCUGGCUCUUCUAAUAAGGUUUACAAGGGAUUUUUUAGAAGAAUGUCUGGGAUUCGAAGGCGGUGGGUUGGACGACAUGGAUUGGUUUCCAGAAAAAGAGUCAGCGUAACAGUUUCAUCUUCUGAAGAGGAGAAUGUUAUAUUGAAAGAUGAAAGAUUGACAAAAUUCAAUAGGAUUUGGCUGACACAUGCCAGUGAAAAAAGCGAAAGAUUCUUCGGGUUUGGUGAGCAGUUUUCUCACAUGGAUUUUAAAGGGAAAAAAGUGCCAAUAUUUGUUCAGGAGCAGGGAAUUGGGAGAGGAGAUCAACCCAUCACAUUUGCAGCUAACUUGGUUAGUUACAGGGCUGGGGGCGAUUGGAGCACAACGUAUGCGCCUUCGCCCUUCUACAUUACAUCGAAAAUGAGGUCCCUUUACCUUGAGGGAUACAACUAUUCAAUUUUUGAUCUUACAAAAGACGACAGAGUUCAAAUACAGGUCCAUGGAGACACAGUUCAAGGGAGGAUAUUACAUGGCAGUUCGCCUACUGAGUUGAUAGAAAGAUUCACAGAAACUAUUGGAAGACCGCCAGAACUUCCAGAAUGGAUAAUAUCUGGGGCUGUUGUUGGAAUGCAAGGCGGAACAGACACCGUUCGCAGUGUUUGGAAAGAACUACAGAGCCAUGACGUACCAAUAUCAGCAUUCUGGCUACAGGAUUGGGUUGGACAGAGGGAGACGGUGAUCGGGUCGCAAUUAUGGUGGAAUUGGGAGGUAGAUCCAUCAAGGUACAUGGGAUGGCAGCAACUAAUCAAAGAUCUUAAAACCGAGAACGUCAAAGUGAUGACAUAUUGCAAUCCUUGUCUAGCCCCGAUGGAUAGUAAACCAGACAUCAAGAGAAAUCUCUACGAAGACGCGAAGAAACUGGAAAUAUUAGUCAAAGACAAACAUGGAGAACCUUAUAUGGUCCCAAACACAGCAUUUGAUGUUGGAAUGUUGGAUUUGACACAUCCAUCGACAGCGAGUUGGUUCAAGCAGAUUCUUCGUGACAUGGUGAAUGAUGGAGUCCGGGGAUGGAUGGCUGAUUUCGGCGAAGGGCUUCCUGUGGAUGCUUACUUAUAUUCAGGUGAAGAUCCAGUUGCAGCCCACAACAGAUAUCCAGAGCUAUGGGCGAAAAUAAACCGGGAGUUCGUGGAAGAGUGGCAAAAUACUCAUGUUAGCAAAGGACAAAAAGAUGAAGAAGAAGGCGACGACGACACCUUGGUUUUCUUCAUGAGGGCUGGGUUCAGAAACAGCCCCAGAUGGGCAAUGCUGUUCUGGGAAGGAGAUCAAAUGGUGAGUUGGCAAGCCAAUGAUGGGAUAAAAAGCUCAGUAACUGGCUUGCUAAGUGGUGGAAUUUCUGGCUAUGCCUUAAACCACAGUGACAUUGGAGGCUACUGCUCAGUAAACUUACCACCAUUCAUCAAGUACCAAAGAACUGAAGAACUGCUCUUUAGAUGGAUGGAGCUGAAUGCAUUUACAACAGUGUUUCGAACGCACGAAGGAAAUAAACCAUCUGGCAACCAUCAGUUCUACACCAACCACAAAACUCUAUCACAUUUCGGGCGUUUGGCAAAAAUAUACGAAGCAUGGAAGUUUUACAGGAUUCAACUCGUUAAGGAAGCCUCUCAGAAAGGUCUCCCUGUGUGUCGGCAUCUGUUCCUUCACUACCCAGAAGAUGAACAUGUUCAUGGGUUCAAGUACGAGGAAUUUCUAGUGGGGACUGAGAUACUAGUGGUGCCUGUACUAGACAAGGGCAAGAGGAAUGUUAAGGCAUAUUUUCCGGUGGGAGAAAGCAGCUCAUGGAAACACAUUUGGACGGGAAACUUGUAUUCGCGAGGGACUGAAGCUUGGGUAGAAGCUCCGCUAGGACAUCCUGCUGUUUUCGUCAAGGAAGGUUCCCUUGUUGGAGAGACCUUUUUGAAGAAUCUCCAACAGCACAAUAUCCUCCUCUAA